AUGUACGAGUGGGCGUGUCCAGAGGACGGCGUUGCUUUGACUGAUGUGGUGGCCCCUCCCCUUCAGAGACUCCUACAGUUCACCAGGACGGUUCCAGGCUUUGACCUGCUGGACUUCACUGACCAGUGCUCUCUUCUGUCCAUGUCUUCACUGGACGUCAUGUUUCUCCUCUCAGCUCAGCAGUUUUCCCAGAACCCCACCAGUUCCAGUCCAGCUCUGCAGUUUUUCACCGUGUCGACACACACCAGACUGAGGAACCUGGAGUCCAGGCCAGACCACCAGGGCCAGACGUGGGCCGGUCCAGGUCCAGGGUGCACCAAGGACCUCCUGGGGGGGGCGGACCUCCUGGGGGCGGUGCUCUGCUUCUUCCACAGCAUGGCGGCACUCAGGGCGACUGAGGCCGAGUACGCUCUGCUGACGGCGACGGCACUGCUCUGUUCAGACAGGGCAUCUCAGCAGGUCGCUGGAUGUGUGGACAAGAUGCAGGAGCUGAUCCUGGACCUGCUGUCCAGGGUGUGUGGACCUGAGGGAGGAGGAGGAGGAGGUGCACGAGGAGCUGAGGGAGGAGGAGGAGGUGCACGAGGAGGAGCGCAGCGCUUCGGCCGGCUGCUGGGAAGACUGACAGAGCUGAGGAGCCUCCGACACAACUACCUCCACCUGAGGAGACAACAGGAGGAACUGUGA